AAAGAAAUGGCUGGCGGCAGGUUGCGGAGUUAAACAUAAAUCUAGGGUCGACGAUGACCCACCAUGUGUACAGGGGAGCGGGGCAGAGCGCUGCGCCCCUCUCCGCUUGGUGGUGAGAGUAGGGCAGAGCAGCGAAGGGCGGCGGCAGGGGGAGCCCCAUGAUGAAACCUCGCUCUGUGUUUCAGCAGCAGGAAGACGGGGAGGAGGAGCCAGGUUUCACGGGCGCCGCUCGGCAGGUUCUUCAUUUUAAGUAGCUGUGACACAGCCUGCAAGAGAUUUCAAAAUGUGUGGUAUCUGGGCCCUUUUUGGAAGCGAUGAAUGCCUUUCUGUCCAGUGUCUAAGUGCCAUGAAAAUAGCUCACCGAGGUCCUGACGCAUUUCGUUUUGAAAACGUCAAUGGCUUCACCAACUGUUGUUUUGGUUUCCAUCGUCUUGCGAUUGUUGAUCAAUUAUAUGGCAUGCAGCCUAUUCGGGUGAAGAAGUUUCCAUAUUUAUGGCUGUGUUACAAUGGAGAAAUCUACAACUUCAGACAGCUGCAAAAGCAGUUUGGAUUUGAAUAUCAAACUUUAGUAGAUGGCGAGGUAAUCCUUCAUCUUUACAACAGAGGAGGAAUAGAGCAAACAGCCUCCAUGCUAGAUGGUGUGUUUGCAUUCAUCCUGCUGGACACGGCAAACAGGAAAGUGUUUCUGGGAAGAGAUACAUAUGGAGUCAGACCAUUGUUUAAGGUGCUGACUGAAGAUGGAUUCUUGGGUGUCUGCUCUGAGGCAAAAGGUCUUAUCAACUUAAAGCACUCCAUGUCCUCUUGUCCUAAAGUGGAGCCAUUUCUUCCGGGACACUAUGAAGUGUUGGAUUUAAAACCAUCUGGCAAAGUUGCAUCAGUGGAACUGGUAAAAUUUCAUAGUUGUAAAGAUGAACCUCUGCAUGCUGCUUAUGAUACAAUGGAACAUCUGCCUGCAGGUUUGGAUCUUGAAACGGUGAAAAGCAACAUUCGGCUUCUGUUUGAAAAUGCUGUUAGAAAACGUUUAAUGAGUCACAGAAGAAUUGGCUGUCUUUUGUCAGGGGGUUUGGAUUCCAGUUUGGUUGCUGCCAUGCUUGUGAAACUGAUGAAAGAAUCAAGCGUCAGUUACCCUUUACAAACAUUUGCCAUUGGAAUGGAAGACAGUCCUGAUUUAUUGGCUGCCAGAAAGGUAGCUGCUUAUAUUGGCAGUGAACAUCAUGAAGUAAUAUUUAAUUCUGAAGAAGGAAUUCAGGCAUUAGAAGAAGUUAUUUUUAGCUUGGAAACAUAUGAUAUUACAACAGUAAGAGCUUCAGUUGGUAUGUAUCUGGUUUCCAAACACAUAAGUAAGAAAACAGACAGUGUGGUCAUUUUCUCAGGGGAAGGCUCAGAUGAGCUUACACAAGGCUAUAUCUAUUUCCAUAAGGCCCCGUCUCCUGAAGAAGCUAUGGAAGACAGUGAGAGGCUUCUGAGAGAACUCUACAUGUUUGAUGUACUUCGUGCAGACAGAACUACUGCAGCUCAUGGUCUUGAACUGAGAGUCCCAUUUUUGGAUCACCGAUUUACUUAUUAUUACCUGUCCCUGCCAGCAAAACUCAGAAUUCCAAAGAAUGGAAUUGAAAAGCAUCUCUUGAGAGAAUCGUUUCAGGAUUCCAACUUGCUUCCUAAAGAAAUACUUUGGAGACCCAAAGAAGCCUUCAGUGAUGGUAUAACAUCUCUCAAGAAGUCUUGGUUUUCAAUUCUUCAAGAGUAUGUUGAUCUCCAGGUUGAUGACCUUCUGCUGGAAAAGGCAGCAGAGAAAUUUCCUUUUAAUCCUCCUAAGACUAAAGAAGGUUACUACUACCGCCAGAUCUUUGAGAAGCACUACCCCGGGCGAGCUGAUUGGCUCUCCCAUUACUGGAUGCCAAGAUGGAUUGAAGCUACUGAUCCUUCUGCUCGCACAUUGAAACAUUACAAGUCAGCUACCAAAGAAUAAGUAUUCCAGUAAUUUUGAAACACAAAUUACUUGUCGCCAAAUGGCUCUACUUGCGCUAAAGCUUAUGCAACCCAGUAGUCUAAAAGAAUAUUCAGAAUGGAUUUGGACAAUGGUAUUUAAGAUGAAAGAGCCCUUUAUAGCUAGUAUAAUAGUGUGAAAUUCACCCCACUGCAGAGGGCUUGCACAAGGACCUCUGCCUCACUUAAACUACAGUUCUGGUCUGAAAAACUACUCUGUGAAAAGGGUACCAUCUUGCUUAGCAGCUCUGCCCUUGUUAAUACUCAGUCAGAUUGGCUGACUUCAGUUACAAACAUACAUGUAUUUUUUAAUAUAAAACCUCCUUGGAAGACUUGAAUGGCUCAUAUGAUGUGUGUUUGCCCGAAUUUCAUCGUGGGGGGGGUGUAUAAAAUGAGCAUUUUUGGUCUGGUCAUUCUGUCUAGGUUCCUGUGUUUAAAAACUGUAGCAUUCAUACGGUUACUAUAGACAUUGGGCAAGAUCUACAGAGAUUUGCAAAUUCCUGCAGGUACAGAGAGGCACCUAAUAGAAUUUACAGAAGUGCCUAAGCAAGUUAGGUGCCUAACUAAAGUCAGUUGGAGGUAGGUAUUUAACCUGCUUAGGCACUUCUGAAAAUCCCACUACAUGCUCCUUAGGCACUGGUGGGUAUGUCUACAUAGGGAUAAACCUGCAGCUGGCCUGCGUCCACUGACUCAGGCUCCAGGACUGAAAAAUAGCUGUGUAGACAUUCAGGCUGGAGCCCGAGCUCCUGGACCGUGCAAGGGUGGAAGAUCCCAGAGCUCAGGCUGGAGCCUGAGCCAGAAUGUCCACACAUCAAUUUUUAGUCCUGUGAGCCUGAGUCAGCGAACCGUGGCCAGCCAUGGCCAUGCUGUGGGACUUUUAUCUUUUGAAAUAUCUUUGUAGAUCUGGCCUGUCUAUACAUAUAGUGGUAACGGUUUUGUUGUAAGAAUUUGAAUAGCAUGGAAUAAAAUUGGCCAGUUAUAUCCUUUGUUUCUACCUCAAGGGCUUGAUUUUGAAAGCUGUAUGGGCUUUUAACUUCAUGAUUCCUAUUGAUUCUAAUGUGAGUCAAGUGGCUACACACCUGCACAACAUUUGGGGAAAUUUAGGAGUGAGAAUAAAAAGUGUCACAAGGGAACAAUAUCAUCUUCCAAGUGCUCUUCAAGACUCGGCUGAAGCCAGAGGAGGGGGCAAUGUCAUGUGGAACAUUCUCUGGCACAAUCUGGUCAGGAGGCCUUGCAGGAUCAGGAUGAUGAAGACCCAAUGGUACCAUGGAUUCCAAGGUCCCAGGAGAAGGUGUGGGUCGCAGUCACAACGAUGGCUAAGGUCACUCCUUCCAGUCCACACAUUCCACCGCUCCCAUUUAAAUGUACAAAAAGGAGGUGAAAACCUCAUCUUAUGAUUAAUCAAUGAGAGCACAUUUUGGUGACUUCAACUUACAAAAGUUUUCUCAGUUCUAGGUUCAUUCAGAUAAUUGUUUUGCCAACUUGUGAUUUUUACCAGGAGCCUUGAAGACCUCUUAGCUCUGCCUUUUAAAAAAAAAAAAAAAAUUAAGGAAUUCAGUUUGUACCAGUCUGUUUUUAACCUUUGGUAAUUUCAUAAGUUUAUGUAUCGGGCUUUACCUUUCUGUGGACUUUUGUUACCUUGAACUACUUGAGUAUAGGCCUCUGCACAACAAGGGUCUUGAAACUGUUUUGUGUUGUAACAGAUUCAUAGUAUGGUUUAGCAUCGCUUCGCUUUUUAAUAAAGGUUUUUUAACUGAAA